AUGGUUGAGAUUGAUGAUGGUCGCCACUUUAAAAAUGCUUAUGAGGAUUAUUCACCAAUAAACCAUCUAAAGGUGGAAAGUACAAAUAUUCCGGACAAACUAAUGGAAUUAUUAGGUGUUCUGAAUUCAAAGAUUGAAAAAUUGUCUUCAUCUGAUAUAUCUAUAUAUACUGGGUUGUCAGGUAUUGGACUGUUUUAUCACUUUCUAUCACAAUGUAAAAGUGAAUUAUUAAGCAGAAGAAUAUAUGAAGAUGCUGUUUUAUAUUCUGAAAAGUUAGUACAACGUUGUCUGCGUCAUACUGAUGUGAAAAAGUUGCCUAAAAAUAUCAGCGUUUUUACGGGUCCUAUUGGUGCAUUGUGUUUAGGUGGAUUAUUUUCAGCUCGAUGCGGUACAGAUAAUUCUGGAGCAAAGAAAUAUUUAGAACAAAUUUUAUCAGCUAGUAGUUAUGCUUUAGAUUUGAACUGUGCCAUGCCUGAUGAAGCCUUAUAUGGACGUACUGGUUAUUUAAAUUGUCUAUUAACUCUAAAACAGUUCAAUUUUGAUGUACCCCCUUCUAUUGUUUCAUCAGUGAUAGAUGCUAUCCUCGAGUCUGGUCAAAGAACGGCUAAUAUUUACAAAUCGAAUGGGUAUUAUAAAUCAUUGAUGUAUCAUUCAUCGAAGCGAAAUUUACCUAUGCCUCCACUAAUGUUUGAAUGGCAUGAAAAAUGUUAUCUUGGAGGUGCACAUGGUUUCUCUGGUAUUUUGACUACUCUAUUAAAGGCGCAUUAUCUAUUUCCCGGUAUUAUAUCAGCAAAUUCUUUAAAUCAGUUAAUUUUACCUACUGUUGAAUGGAUGGGAGAACUUCAGUUACCCAGUGGAAAUUGGCCUUCCAGUUUAGGUGAUAGUUUAAGUCGUGAUGUUCUAGUCCAUUGGUGUCAUGGUGCGACAGGUGUUAUACCACUUAUGUUGUCAGCCUAUAAGAUCACCGGUGAAAAUAAUUACCUAAAACGUGCAUUACAUGGUGGAGAAGCUGUAUGGACUCGUGGUCUACUUUAUAAAGGCUGUGGUUUAUGUCAUGGAUCAGCGGGUAGUGGCUUUACUCUCUUAGAAAUUUAUCAAGCUACUCAAGAUCCAAAGUAUUUAUAUAGGGCUAUUAAGUUUGCUGAAUGGUGUACUGAUUGUUUUACCAAUGCUACUCGUGUUGCUGAUCGUCCAUAUUCACUUUUUGAAGCUAUACGGGAUAGUGCUCAGAGAUAUAUUUGGUGAGUGCCGGCUGUUAUGCAGCUUAUAGACGUUUGUGAAUAUAUAUAUAAAUACGAUUUUACAGCUUUAGAAAAUGAGUUUGGCAUCUUUUAAACUAGGAAUUAAACAGUUGAGCUCAAGUUCAUAUUAUUAUUAUUAUUUGUGUUCCUAGUGGAGCAUAGGGCUCCCUCACUGUGCUCAUGAUUGUCAUUGGGAUGACAAUAUCGGAGUAGAUUAUUGACUCUCGAGUUAACAGUUUGAAGAGUCCACUUCCAUUCCAUCUGCUCUUGGAGAUUCCUAGCACUUCUAUGUUAUAUCUUUUCAUUUCUUUCGCAAUCUGGGC